GCAUGCUCCCUUUUGGUACCUGGCUUUUUUUUAAAUCCAGAUCAGCAUUUCUUCAUGUACAAGUACGGAUGUGAAAGACUCACUGCGUAAACAAGCACUUGGAACAUGCUAGGCUAACGGUAGACCUUCCUACUGGAAUCUGUAAUUCUUCAACAAGGCAGAAUUUCGCGAAAAAGUGUUUGAUACAGUGUUGGGGCAUCCAGAGGUUGGUUAUUGUGGUCGCUGCAAUGCAUAUGUCAGGGUCCCUGAAAUGAAAACUUACUAAACCUUUGUACGUUCUUUGGCAGAAAAUAAUCACACAGCAGCAAGUCUGCAAAGUAAAGCAACAAUUUAAAAAAAAUGUCUGAAAGUAAAUUUGACGUCCUUCCAAUGACCUUGCAGUGGCCUGGCGAUAAUUACAUGAAGUUCGGCACCAGACAUUGCAGCCAAAAAUGCUGCAAUAAUAGCCAAGGACCCUCUCUGCAUUUUACUGCCUGGCAUAUUUGUGUCCAAAAGCUUCAUCACGAACGCAGGCAGACGUCACUGAAGAGUAUUUCCAUCCUGAGCAGCAGGAGCCAGAGUCCGCCCCCAUUAAACAGGAGGAAAAAUCAAAGGCCACGCACAUUAAGGAAGAGGAGGACGAGGAUGCAAUGAGCAAGUCUCCGUUGAAUGUUGUCAGUGUGAAGAGUGAAGGAGCCGAUGGAGGAUUCCAACCGGACGGCCUCUUAGCUCCCCUUUCAGAAGGUGACGACAUCACGUCACACAAUUGUGACAGUGAUGACCAUGAUGAUGAUGAUGAUGAUGAUGCUGAUGAUGAUGGGCCCUCGAAAAGUGAUAUGACUGGCAACAGACGAGUGAAAUGUUCUCAGUGUGACAAAAUGUUUCUCAACAAGUCGUCCUUGAAAGUACACACAAGAACACACACUGGAGAAAAACCUUUUGCCUGCUCAGUGUGUGAUAGAAGAUACUCCUGGAAGGGACAUUUAACAAGGCACACAAGAACACACACUGGGGAAAAACCUUUUUCCUGCUCAGUUUGUGCUAAAGCAUUUUCUGUCAAGACAAGUUUAAUAACGCACACAAGAACACACACUGGUGAGAAACCCUUUGCCUGCUUAGUUUGUGGGAAAACAUUUUCUUUGAAAACAACUUUAACGAUACACACCAGAACACACACUGGUGAGAAACCCUUUGUCUGCUCAGUUUGUGGUAAGCCGUUUUCGAUAAAAGGUGAAUUAAAAAAUCACACAAGAACACACACUGGGGAAAAACCUUUUGCCUGUUCAGUUUGUGGUAAACGGUUUAGUGUAAAAGGUCAAUUGAAAAAACAUACAAGAACACACACUGGGGAGAAACGCUUUGUUUGCUCCGUUUGUGGCAAAGCAUUUUACAGAAAUUCGGACUUAAGAAGGCACACAAACACACACACUGGGGAAAAACCUUUUGCAUGCUUAGUUUGUGGGCAAAAAUUUUCUCUGAAGACAAGUCUCAUUACGCACACAAGGACACACACUGGGGAAAAACCUUUUGGCUGCUCAAUUUGCGGGACAAGAUUCACUCAAAACUCAUCUUUAACAACUCACACAAGAACACACACUGGCGAGAAACCCUUUGCCUGUUCUGUUUGUGGCAAAACAUUUUCUAGCAAAAAGGAUUUGACAAGACAUGCAAUAACACACACUGGAGAAAAACCUUUUGCUUGUUCAUUAUGUGGGAGAGGGUUCUCCACAAGAAGUGCCCUCAAGAAACACACAAGAACACACACUGGGGAAAAAAGCUUUGCCUGCUCACUUUGCGGUUCAAGAUUCCGACAUAUGUCAAAUUUAAAAGCGCACAGAAGAACGCACUCAGGAGAAAAACCUUUUGCCUGUUCUGUUUGCGAUAAAACCUUUGCUCGAAAGGACUAUUUGACAAAGCACACAAGAACCCACACUCCAGGAGAGAACCUUUUGCCUACUUUGUGAAACAAGAUUCAUUCAAGCUCAGCGUUUGAUAAAACACAAGAAGAAAAUAUAUUUGUGUUCUGACUUUGUAGUAAGAAGACUGACUGAUCAUUGUCCUGCUUCGGAUUCCUGUUUUUGCCCGGAAACUUUUCUAAUUCUGUCCAAUGAAAUAUUGCCUGGACGGAUUGGAACUGCUCACUGAGCAUACCUCUUUAAAUAGUGGAACAUUUUGGGACCUUAAGUGGGUGGAUAUUGGUAGUUUGUUUUUGUUUUUUAAAAGUGUUGUUUUUUUCACGACCUAACUUGUGAAAUGAAAACAUUGUGUAGUACGUUGAUGAUUGUCCUAUUUUUCAAUUACAAUUGUCUUUUCAAAAAAGUCAUGUAAACUUGAUACGCUGCAGCUUCACGCUACAACUUUUCAGUUGCCUUUGCUUUCCUAUACAAGUCUGUAGUGUUGUUGUUUUUUUUCACUGAAAGGUAAUUGAAUAAAUAUCAAUCAAUCA